AUGCGCCUCUUUAGCAAGUUCCACGCCGUCUGCGCCUUGGCGAUAUGCAGCAUCCUGCUUUCUGCCUCAUUCCUCGCCUCUCAGCACUAUUAUCGCCGGGUCGUGGCAGAUGAGCCAUCGGCUAAGCUCCGCCCGGCAGCGUCAUUUGACCGCCGUCUAGUUGUAUUUGGGGAUUCUUGGAGCGACAAUAAUGCCGCUGAGAUCCAAGGGUCCGUUUGGACCGAAUGGCUGUGCUCCUCGUUUUCAUGUCACCAUGAGAACUUGGCCGAGACCGCCAAGUCUUACAGUGGAAAUUACUUUGGCUCGGUCGUGGAUAACUCACAGCUAUCGGGCUCUUUACUCAACCUAUACAAGUCUCCCCUGGCCGACCUGAAGGCCCAGGUCAGCAAUUGGUUGGCAGCCGAGACAGAGGUAAUGCAGGCGAUGAGCGCAGAAGCGAUUGGCACCCGUCAAAACCGGACCAUUGUCAUCCUUUCCUUUGGCGUGUGGGAUCUGUGGAAUGUUGUUGGCAAGACAUACAAAGAAGCGACCCAAUCGAUCGACAAUACGCUGGACGUGAUCAUGGAUCAGCUCAAUCUGCUGGCGGAGCUCUGGGGCCACAACGAUUUGAAACUUAUCCUGACUUUGGCCCCGGAUGUGACCUUCUUGCCUGCAUUCCGGGUCCAGGCCGAACAACACCAGGCGAAACAGAAAGACGCCAUUAGCAUGUCCGACUAUUGGAACCAACACCUGCGACAAAGAGCGGAUGGCUGGGGCAAUGGCACGAUCUAUCUGUUCGAUACGAAUGCUUUCCUUGCCGACCAGAUCCGCGACUGGCAGCUCUUCGUUGCGGGGAUCGAGGAGACCAAUGGAUUGGGAAAGAACGAAGACCCUGGCUGGGAAAACGUAGAAGACGCAUGCGUCCAGAGCAGCCAGCAAUGGAUGGUGACAUCAGAGACGAAGAAGUGUGACCGUCCGGAGAAGUUUUUGUUUUGGAACGCAUUUAUCUUGUAUCGCCAACAUUGGCAAGCAUCAGUCGUGGCUCAACAUCCGGGGCUAGCCAACCCUGAAAUCUCGAAGAUCAUCGGGGAGCAGUGGAGAAAACUGUCCCAGGACAUCAAAGACACAUGGAAGGCUCUAGCAGAGGAGGAGAAAGCCCGCCAUCAGCAGCAGUAUCCGGAGUACAGAUAUCAGCCUCGUCGCUACGGCCGCGAUGGAAACUCCCGUAACCCCAGCUCUGGCAUCAGCCAUAACCCGCCCGGCUCCACAGUCUGCAGCCGGUGCGGUGGCCGAGUUAUGAACCCGCCCGUAUCACCGGACGCGCCGCCUUUUACCCCCAGAACCUCGGGGUUCAAUAGCGUCUCUCCACAGGUCGAGACUGUCGCCGUGCGCAGCAGCCAGGCUCGGUCCAAAGACAUGGAUCGAGCCCCAAGUGUGGUCCGAAUCGCUCCCACCGGGGAGUCACAGUCACCUCGUCAGCGUCAUUUUGAGGAGAGUGGCAGCCGGUCUCCGGAUAGCAAGCGCCGCCGAUUUAAUCCCCAGGUUUCUUUCAAAAACAACAUUCAACGUGACCGGAGCCCUGAUUCUGCAUAUCCCGUCUCUCCUUACACACCUCACUCGACUGUCUCUGAUACAAGAGGGUUUCUUCAGUUGGCGCCACCUCAGAGACCCGUUCGAAAUGUUAAGGAUUUUACCCCCCCAGACCCUAGCCUCAAACUCCCUCCCCUACAGACCACUACUGUUUCUUCUCAGCCGGGAGCUAUGACCCCGAUGACCCCUUUUGCACGGGACGGAUCUACCCUCGAAGCCACGGUCAUGACGAUCCCAUUCCUCAACAAGAUCAAGGUCCUUGCUAAGAUAUCGCCUCCUCUCGCCCCCCCAUACCACGGCAAUGCGGCACCCCGGCGGGGAGCCGUGAUUGCGGUGGAUGGGCAGGAUCCAGCUUUGGUCAAGACAAUGGUUGACCAUCUCAACAACACCCUGCAGAAGGAAGGUAGAUAUCAGACCCACACUUUCACCGGACCGGAUAUCAAUCCCCGAAAGAGCUACUCCGACUCGGAUCAGAUGGGAGACGCGACAGUCGACUACCUUAACAUCAUCUCCGACUGGCACCGCAUCUCCGACAAGAUCAUAAACUUUGUCAAGCCGGUGCGGGCCUCGUCCGAGCCCAAGUCCGAAAAUGAGGAGCCCACGGGCGUGUCACCUCGAACGAUAGUCCCAAAGACUGCCGAAAUGCAGAUCAAUUCACGUGAACCGUCGGCGGAAGGCCAGUCGCCGUCGGUGGCUCCGACAGAAAUCAACACCAACCGGGUACCAGUUGCCCUUGUUCCUCGGUAUCAACUGACCACUGCGGACGCAUUUGCAUGCUCUGUGCAGAUAGGCGACUCGUAUGCACCACUGGAUCAUUGGCAAUGGAUGGCCUCUCUCUGGCGUGCCUGCGUAGGGCCCGACAUCACAGUCUAUAUCCGAGAGUGCGAAAAGGAGGAACUGGACCGAUACGGAGGCAAUCCCGUAGAGGUCCGCCUGCAGGACGCGCGAACGAUCGUUGUGCGACGGGCGGCGUCGUCGUCCAAUGAAAUGGAGGAGAAAAUUUUGAAAAGAGUAAGCUUUGAGAUCGAGGAUUUCCUGACGCAAUGA